UUGCGAAACCCGCUAGCGCUACCCGAGCGGUCCCGGAGGCACACGUGCAUCUUCGCAGAUCUCACAAGUUCUGCGGCCGCCAACUACUGGCGUCAGCCUCCACCAUGCAGACUCCCGCUGUCCUCCGUCGCGCAUGGGGAUGUCUACGGCUCGUCCAGGUGUUACCAGCGCUUGCGCGGCAACGUCGCCGCACAGCUUUACCGGAUUGUUUGGAAACAGCUUUUUCUUUUCGCCGAGACAGCCGUGCUCAGAGUACGGGUUGUAGCUUUUGAGAGAAUCUCCGUCGUAGCGGUGAAAACGCUGCGUGCGGGAAUGUCUUUCGUCGCCAUUCCUCACGAUUUAGCAGGGAAGACAGAGGCUUGCCACGACGCAUUUUCCGAGGGCACACUGCGUGACUCUCACGGCCGGUUCGAGCGUCCUUCUCUACGCGGCCUAGUCAACAGAACCGUGCUGCUGUAUCAAGUCGACGCAGCUAUACCUUUGCUGGGGGUAUCCGACGCACGCGAUAUCUUGGAGAAGACCAGAUUCCCACGGCUGCGGGCGGUUAAGGGAUCCAACGUGCAGACCCGGUGCCGACGUCACCGUGCUCGGGCCUGCACGGGGCAAGAGAGAAGCAGAAUGAGGCGACAAUCAGGCGCCUCUCCACUUCAUAUAGCACAACGGCUGGCUGAGCAGACAGAGUCCUCCGCGUCGAGGCCGUUCGCGGAAAAUGCUCCCGGCGUCCAGCGUCCCCCAUCCUACGGCGUCGCUCACGCCCGUCGCGAAGGUCGUACGCCGAGGUGCCGCCACCUUGUGCAGAAAAUUUCGUCGUCCGCGAUAUUUUCGGCUAUCAUCGGUACCCACGUCCUCGUCACUACAAACACCACCACCACUGCAGCGCAGAGACAUUAUUCAUUUCUUACGGUAGUGAUCGUCGUGACGCCUUGCCACACUCCAACAUCGGUUCUUAUCUACGAUAUGUCUUGUGGUGUUACUCGCGCCACAGCAAAGCGUGAAUGUGCAGCGUACGAGCAGGCCGGGAGGAACCCUGGAGUUCUCCGAAACUGGACCGCUUCUUGCAGCGCUCACCGUCGCCGGGCUGCCGAGCAAAUCAGGAACGUCGCACCAGCUUGCAGCGGCCGACAAACGGCUCCAACACAUAUGGAACAGAGCAUCAAAAGAACCAAGCAAGAAGUAGCCUCGGGCAUGGCGGGCAGAAGCUCUGGCGCGCGGGAAUCGCCGUGGACAGUGUGGGGUGAAAGCAGCACUUCUGCACAGGUCUGCCGGCGCCCCGCACUGUGCAGAGACCCCGCAUUGAUCCAUGGGCCUCCGCUCAGCGCUUUUCCGGGCUUCCGCAGCCAUGUGGCCUUCUACAAGUGCGAGAAGCAGCCAGUGUUUGCCCUUCUGGAUGUACGGCGUCCUCAUAUCCCCGCCCUGCACCCGUGCUUCCCCGUAAUGAAAAGAUGA